GAAGAAGAGAUUAUUUGUGAAGAGACUUGAAGACGAACGCAAUGUGGAGAUUAAGUCUCCUGGUGGUGGCGCUGUGUCCGCGGGGCGCCUCGUCUCUGCUGGGGUGGGUGGAGUCUCCAGGAUACCCCCGAGGUUACCCCCCUCACACCAGCCUGAACUGGAGCAGGUGUGCACCCAAAGGACACGCCCUCUCCAUCCAGCUCACCCACCUGGACCUGGAGGACAGCCUGAACUGUGAGAACGACGCGGUGAAGGUGUAUUCAAAUGGAAACUUAAUCUCCGUCCUGUGUGGUACUGUGGGCUUUGAGGAGCUGCAGAGGUCAGUGAAUCCAUCGCUCUCGUCUGCUCCUGGAGGAUGUCUCAACGUCUCCUUCUACUCGGACUUCUCCAACAACCAGCGACACUCCGGCUUCAGAGGCUUCUACACCAUACAAGAUUAUGACGAGUGCGAGGACCCGGACAAUAGAUGCUCUCAGUUCUGUCAUAACUUCAUCGGAGGAUAUUACUGCUCCUGUCGCCAUGGUUACAACUUAGACGGAGACAACCACACUUGCGCAGUGAGCUGCAGUGAGGAUCUGUCCGGUCAGACUCAAGGCCGUGUGUCCAGCCCCUCGUGGCCUGGUCUUUACCCCGAGAACAGUCACUGCGUGUCCACUCUGUCUGUGGAGCCUCACCUCCAGCUUCAGCUCAGCUUCCACCAGCCCUUUGACCUGGAGCAGGACGCAGAGGGAGCGUGUCUGGACAGUCUGCGAAUUGAGACUCACUACGGCACCCUGGGGCCCUUCUGUGGGAGGUCGGCCCCGCCCUCCCCCCUCCAGACCUACUCACACCAGCUCAAAAUCCACUUUGAGACCGACGGCUACGGCACCAACCAAGGCUUCUCUCUCAGCUUCACCACUGCAGAUAAGGUUUGUGUCUCUGGGAUCAGUCCACACUCCAGCGUGAAGCCGCACACGGCAGAGUACAGCACGGGACAGACGGUGACUGUGACCUGUGACCUGGGACACUUUGUCAACGUGCUGCAGACCGAUCGCAAAAGCAGAAGAAUAGCAAACGAAUACGAGACGACGUGUCAGAGCUCAGGAAACUGGAGUCCUCACUACACCUGCCAACCUGUGAACUGUGGCCAGCCUCAAAUCCCCAGGGGCGACAUCCUCGUUGUGGUGGGAUCAGACAGGCCCCAGACUCUGUAUCAAAGCCAAGUCAAGUUUAACUGCAGUUCACCGUUCUACGAGCUCCAAGGAGACGACACUUACACUUGUGGCCCCGAUGGGAAAUGGAUUUCAUCUGAUGGCAACACACAGCUGCCAAAAUGCACUGAAGUGUGCGGCAGACCCCAAUCCUCUCCUCGAAGCACAGCCAGGAUUCUCGGGGGUGAGUCGGCAAAGCUGGGACACAUACCCUGGUACCUGCUGAUCAAGGAGCCCAGAAGAGGAGGAGCGUCUCUGAUCAGUGACCGCUGGGCUGUGACCGCCGCACAUGUGGUGGACGGGUUUGAAGAAGCCAACCUGCUCUGGUACGGCGGCAUGGUGGAUGGCAAAAGUCCAGUUUUUGUGGAGUUGAGAAGUCAGAAAGUCAUCCUUCAUCCCGGCUACGUAAAAGGGAUCGCUUCAAACUCUCGUACCAACUUCGACAACGAUAUCGCACUGAUCCGAUUCACGUCCAGGGUUGAACUUGGGGCUCACAUAAGUCCAAUCUGUUUGCCAGAAAAGAACACGACACUUAUGGAGAAUGACGUGGGGACAAUUGCAGGAUUUGGUGUGAGGGAAGCUAGCGGUAGAGGGCUCGUUGCUCAGAAGUUGAAACAUGCACCGAUUCUAGUGAUUUCAGAGGCAACGUGUCGAAAUACGCCCAACAACGGAGCGAUACGUUACACCGAUAACAUGUUUUGUGCUGGGGCGGACGGCAGAGACAGCUGUGAAAAAGAUAGCGGGGGUCCAUUUUUCGUGCCAAAACUAGGGGCGAAUGAGAGACCGCAUCGACUCUUGGGGAUCGUGUCGUGGGGACCGGCUUGUCACAUGACGGAGUUCAGGGGUUACUACACCAAAGUGAAGAACUACGUGCCGUGGAUUCUAGAAACGAUAGAGGCGACCGAGAAGAGCCUGAAAGAGGCGGAUGAAGAAUAACACAUCGACUUUACUUUUACUACGCAAAUCAUAACGUUUAAUCACUAAAAUUGUAAUUGUAAUUCAUCGAUUCAGUAUUAAAUUGUAACGGAUCAGCCUAUUUUAAAGCGUUUGUGUGCAUGUUUUGAAAUAAAUUACAUUUUCUUGGC